UAACACACAUAUUAUUCUUUCAUAUGAUAUCUGCAGGGCAAAUAAACAGCGUCGGGGCACAAGAGAUACGACCCCAAAAGGCUGGCAAUUUGAAGGCAGUAGAAAAUUGGUUACUGUAUAUAAAACUCGGCAAUGACGAGGUGUGCGCAGGUGUGCAACUUUCUGACGAUUGGGUACUUACCCUUGCUGACUGUAUUGAUAAAAAAUUCAAGCUUACAAAAUACAGCAUUGUUUACAAAGACGGUUCAAGGAAGGUUAUUGCCGAAGACCGGGACUCCGUUGGAAAGUUAUUUAUCCUUCUUAAGAUUGAAAAGGAAAAAGAACCAACAAAAACAAAGUUCACACAACUUGCUGACUCUAUGUUACCCUCUUCAGAGUACAAGUUUCAUCUGUACAAUCGAGACGAUUCUGAUAAAAUAAUUGCAAAUGAAGUCGAUUUUGUCAGAGGCACUCAAUGUGAGAAGGAAGGAAUUGAUGGCAAUUUUGGCGAGACACAUAAAUGUGUUCAAUGCAACAUGAAUAAAAAAGCUAGAUGUCUACCAGGAAGUCCAGUGUUUGGAUCCAAGAAAAAAGAAAUCAUUCUGCAAGGACUUGCAGUCACAUCAUCUGAUCCUUGCUCAUCACAGCUUCAAUCUAUUGCAGUCAUAAAACCGCAAGUUAACUGGAUCAACUCGGUCAUUAUUGAUUGCGGUCCAAUUAAAACUUUUCGGAAUGGCAAGGUGAAGCUGAACAAAAAAUCUGCGACAACAAUAGGAUCCACAGCGAUUAUUAGAUGUGAUCCUGGGUAUGAGGCAACUCAAAAGAAAAUCGUUUGCAUAGGAAACGGGAAAUGGGAAAAAACAAGUUGCGAAUUAAAAGAUUGCGGAGCCGUUGACAAAAUCCAAAAUGGGAAAUUAACCUUAGACGAUGCAUCAUCAUCGACAAUUGGGGCAACAGCGACAGUUGAAUGUGAUCCUGGCUAUAAGGCAAGCCGCGAAAAAAUAAAGUGCCUAAAAACUGGGAAAUGGGGAAAAUCAAGUUGCAAAAUAAAAGAUUGCGGGCCUGUUAAGAACGUUCGUAAAGGAAUAGUAAUCCUUGACAAUAAAUCGACAUCGACGGUUGGAGCAACAGCAACUUUGAAAUGUUUUCCAGGGUAUAAACCCAACCAAGAGAAAAUAGUUUGCAUGAACACAGGGAAAUGGGAAGAAACAAGGUGCAAAAUCAAAGAUUGCGGAGCCGUUGAAAAUAUCCAAAAUGGGAAAUUAACCUUAGACGAUGCAUCAUCAUCGACAAUGGGGGCAACAGCGACAGUUGAAUGUGAUCCUGGCUAUAAGGCAAGCCGCGAAAAAAUAAAGUGCCUAAAAACUGGGAAAUGGGGAAAAUCAAGUUGCAAAAUAAAAGACUGUGGGUCUCAAUUAAAUGUCACCAAUGGUAAAGUGCACUAUAACGCAACAACGUUUGGAUCAUUCGCUUCUCUGUUCUGCGAUAGAGGAUAUGAUGGAAACGGGACAAUAAGCUGCCUUGAAACUGGCAGUUGGGAAACACCACCAAGAUGUUCUAUAAAAGUUGACCAGAGCAAAUGUAGCUAA